GUAAAUAGCAAAAUGCUGAAAGAAAUAUAAAUUGUAGAACCUGCAUAAAAAUUGAGAGGCCUCAAACUGGAAAUUUAUUUAGAAAACAGUUCAGCUCAGGUCUUCAGGUUUCAUUCAAAUCAUAAAAUAUAACUUCUGUUUCUGAUUACUAAUUUUCAAUUGGAAACAUGAGAAUUGUAGCAAAUUAUUACUUGUGUGUGAAUCAUUGAAUGCCAUUCUUCAUUCAUGUAAGGAAGAAUGAAUGUCAUAAAGUAAAUCAUUGUACAUAUACUACACAGUACUAAGUGGCUUGAUAGCCUAGCCUAUCAAAAUAUAGCCAACUUCCCAGACAAUCCCAGCUCCCAGGCUGGCAAGCCCCAGCCUUCUUGGUGGCUGGUCAGGAUUUAUAUACAAACUAUGACGGACAAAUCCAGUCCUCAUGAGUACCCCCACCUGCCUCCACGCAUCGCCCACUUGGAUGCCAAGUUUCUCGAUGGAGAAAUACAAGGGCUACUCAAGUCAACCCUGUUGAAUUCAGUGCAGCUUGCAGGCGUUUAUUGGUUUACAAGGUUUGAACCAGAAAUUGAGGCGUUAUUAAAGUAUUUACUACUUCGUCAGACACUUUUUAGAAGGAAAGCAACGUUUGGCCAACAACUGCUGCAGAUGAAGUAUAGUCAUUCAGUUCCUAACAGAAGAUUACAGAUGUAUGCAUUGGUAAUAUUGCUUUUUCCUUGGUUACAAAAAAGGUUAUCUGACAUUUUGAGCAUUUUUAAAGUGUCUGACGAAACCAAAGCUUGGACUAAUUACUUGUUUGAUAAUCUUGAACUAGUUUAUAAAAUUGCCAAUAUUGUCAACUUGUUAGUAUUUUUGAGAGACGGACUCUACAGCACAGUAGAAGAACGGAUCUUCAGCCUUCGCGCAGUGCCCACAGCACCACAACACAUGCGAUCAAUUUCAUAUACAUUUUUUGGGCGUGAACUCUUUUGGAAUGGAUAUGCUGAUUUUAUUGGAGCGUUGCUUCCUUUAAUUUCUGCACAAAAAUUUCAUAACUACGUAAGGAAAUUAUUACCGAGUAGCCAGCCGUCUGAUAGGAAGACCAAUGUGGCUAAAGAGACUGCAACGGUACACGAGAACUCUGUGUGCGCGUUCUGUGCACAACCGCCCAUCCUUCCUCGCUGUUUUGGGUGCUCUCACCUUGCUUGCUACUACUGCAUUACAGUCAGAAGUAGGGAAGAUCUACAUACGGAGUGCCCACUGUGUGGCUACAAGCUUCUUGACAUCUCCGACAUAGUUCCAGCUCACGUCGUAGUGCAAGAACAAUAACAUUAUCACGUCUACUCACUUUAAAUGUAAGAACUCCCAUACCUAUCAUGAGUGAACUUUGAGUCAUAGUUUAAUAAAACAUUACCAUAACAUCGUUUGACUGAAAUGAGAACUUUGUACUAGGUACUUUAACCUAUUAGAAAAUCAACUUCCUCUAUUCUGUGAUACUGUUGCUGAGGUUCCUUUACUGUUAAUUAGAUUUAAAGACAUUUGUGGGCAAAGAUGUUGUUUAUUACAUUGUGCGACAUUCAUUAUUAUUAUUAUGUAUUCCUGGUUGUGGUAUCAUUAGCGCCAGUAUAAUAGUGUUAAGUUUUCCAGCUGUAAACAAUAAUCACAGAUUUCGUAGCACAGGAAGGUGAAUAAAAGUAAAAUAUUGAUUUCAAAUCGUGUUACUGUCAACAGUCACAAAUUUUGUUAAUUGUGAAAUAAAAAAGAAAUUACAUGAAACUUAUCAACUUAGAACAGAAACAGUUAGAAGUAGCAAAAGACUGUGUGAGAUGUUAUGAAGCGUGGCCUAAAAUAAAUUGAUACAAGGAAAAGAUAUAGUUUCUAAGAUGAUUUUGGAAAUUAUAGGAACAGAAUUGAUAGUUAAUUCAUUGUCAUUGCUAGACAGUUAAGGACGAUAUUGAUAUGAAUGACAUGAACAGUUAUUCUAGAAGACAUGAAGAUUCACAAGCGGCUGCUUCUGAAAACACAUUCACUUUCACAUUGAGGAGAUCAAGGACCAGAUCAUAAUGACAUUAUUACGAUGUAGUGGUAAUUAAGGCUCAUUGUUUACAUUUAAACUGAACGAAGUAAUAACAAAAGUAGGAUCCUCAUUUUCAACAACCGCAAGAACUUCUGGAGCGCCAGUCCUCAGAUGACGUGGGUGAGGGCGACAGCUGACAGCGAAGGUGCUUGUGACAUUAGCGGACGACGGGCAUCUGGCGAACAGAAAAAAAUUAGCUUUAGACAUGCUUAUUAUUUAAUUUUUGUCUCAAGCGUUACACAAUACAAGCAAAUUUAAUACCAAAUAUUUUCGAAUCAUUGAAAAUUGUUAAUUUCAACGGAAA